AUGGUCGCAACAAAGUUCCUGAAGAGAAGGGCCAAGGUCUUUACGAUCUCGCCUGUGUCGGCGGACGGGGCAGAGAGGGCAGACAGCAUAGCGGACCUGCGGACGGAGAACCUGGAUCUGGCAGUUACCAUGGGGGGAGACGGUACCACCCUGCGGACCUUUCGAGGCCUGGAUGACGUCACCCCGCUCCUUACGAUAAACGUGGGCGGCAACAGGGGGAUCCUUGCGGAGAUCACGAUGGACGAGCUGGACUCGGCCAUAAGGCAGAUCGCAUCGGACAGGAUAAUACUGGAGAGGCGCACCAGGGUCGUGGCCUCCAUCGGGGGAGAAGAGUUUGCGCCGGCGCUAAACGAGAUCCUCAUCCAGCGGAAGAACCUUACCAAGACGGCAGAGAUCGAGAUAAAGUUUCAGAACGACUACGUCAAGCAGAAGAUGGACGGGGUGAUAAUCGCUACCCCCAGCGGAUCCACGGGCCACUCGUUCUCCCUGGGCGGCCCUAUCCUGCACGAGAGCCUAGAUGUGCUGAUAAUCACGCCCGUGGCCCCGGUGUACCGGCUUGAGUCCAUCGUCGUGCCCGACGAGAAGAUCGAGAUUGUCUGCUCGCACGACUGCAGCGUUGUCAUGGACGCGCAGGUGAUCAAGUCCGCCGGGUUUGGGGAGACGAUCACCAUUAAAAAAUACAACACGCCAGCCACGUUUGUGAGGCUCAAGAAGCGCGGCCUGCGGCAGAUGAGCAAGCUCGGGUUCUAG